AUGGUGUGGCUGAUGGAGAACGUGCCCGCCGUGGCCGACGCCGCGGCGGAGGGGCGGUGCCUCUUCGGCACCAUCGACAGCUGGACGAUCCUUUACAACAUGACUGGGGGUGUGGAUUCGGGCGGUGUCCACAACCACUUAACCGACAUCACGAAUGCCUCGCGCACCAUGUUGAUGGACCUCAAGACGCUCAAUUGGGACAAGGGCAUCUGCGAGGACCCUUUGUCUUGA